CAUGCAGGCAUGCAGCGCUUCGCAAAUCCGCUCCUCUGGCAUACACUUCACAGGAACUGUUCUGAUGCUGCUCCAAAGAAGCAGUGCCUGAAGUAUUUAAGAGCUCUGAGGACACUGCAGUUUAAUGGCUUCAACACUGUUUUUUUAGGGGAAACAGAUAUUCCAGAAAGUCUUAUAACAGGAGAAAAAACAACUGAGGAAGCCAGCAUGUGCUGGCCUGUAUGGACACUUUUUCAUGCUGGCAGCUGUCAAGGGUGGGUGCCCUGGCGGUACAAACUGCUAUUAAGAGGUGAUUUGCCCACCCAUCAGCACAAUGGAGCCUUUCAGGAGUUGUGUGAGUCUCUGACUACAUCCCAUGGGAAGUGUGUAAUUGUGACAAGGGAUAAAACACAGCUGAGGCGUGUGGGAGCAAAAGAUGACAAGGAGACAGAGACAGAAACUCUGCUGCCAGUCCUACCAGCAAUCUACAUAGCCAGCAUUAAGUGUUGCCCUGAAGUUGCUAGAGCCAAUGGUCAUGAGCUUCUUGUUGUGCCUUCAUCUUACAGCUACCUCUACCCGAUGGACGUUGCCUGGUCUUCUUUGAAAUGGUUUAUUAUAAACAACAGAAAUAACUUUUCUCUGAGGUCUGUUGAGAAGAUCCACUCCUACAGGUGUAUCCUCUUGAGUGAUUUGAUUAUUAAAGGACUGGAGAACAUGACCCCAAACAAAUGGAACGUAGCAUUUAACAGAGUGAAGAGAUGGGAGAACUACUACCUCGAUACACUUUCUUGA